AGCAUCCCGCGGGGCGGUGCGCCCAGCUGCAGACGAGCGUCAUGGCUGCUUGGAGACCGCCCCGGGUCGAGGAGCUGCUGGCCGAGGCCCGCCGGGCCUUCAUGGAGGAGUUUGGAGCCGAGCCGGAGCUGGCAGUGUCGGCGCCGGGCCGCGUCAACCUCAUCGGGGAGCACACGGACUACAACCAGGGCCUGGUGCUGCCCAUGGCACUGGAGCUCGUGACCGUGAUGGUUGGCAGCCCCCGGACAGAUGGGCUUGUUUCUCUUCUCACCACUUCCAAAGAUGCAGACGAGCCCCAAAGACUGCAGUUCCCACUGCCCUCAGCCCAGUGGUCCUUGGAGCCUGGAAUCCCACAGUGGGCCAAUUAUGUCAAGGGAGUGAUUCAACAUUACCCAGCUUCCCCGCUCGUUGGCUUCAGUGCAGUGGUGGUCAGCUCAGUGCCCCUGGGGGGUGGGCUUUCCAGCUCAGCGUCUCUGGAAGUGGCCACGUACACCUUCAUCCAGCAGCUCUGCCCAGACUCGGGGGCAAUAGCUGCCCGGGCCCAGGUGUGUCAACGGGCUGAGCACAGCUUCGCAGGGGUGCCCUGUGGCAUCAUGGACCAACUCAUCGCGCUGCUGGGGCAGAAAGGCUAUGCACUACUCAUUGACUGCAGGUCCCUGGAAACAAGCCUGGUGCCACUGUCAGACCCCAAGCUGGCCGUGCUCAUCACCAACUCCAAUGUCCGCCAUUCCCUGGGCUCCAGCGAGUACCCGGUUCGUCGGCGACAGUGUGAAGAAGUGGCCCAGGCCCUGGGCAAGGAGAGCCUUCGAGAGGUGCGGAUGGAGGAGCUUGAGGCGGGCAGGGAGCUAAUGAGCAAGGAGGGCUUCCGGCGGGCCCGGCAUGUGGUAAGCGAGAUCCGGAGAACAGCCCAGGCAGCAGCUGCUAUGAGCCGAGGAGACUACAAGGCCUUUGGGCGUCUCAUGGUGGAGAGUCACUACUCACUCAGGGAUGACUAUGAGGUCAGCUGCCCUGAGCUGGAUCAAUUGGUUGAGGCCGCGCUCUCUGUGCCUGGGGUUUAUGGCAGUCGCAUGACAGGUGGUGGCUUUGGUGGCUGCACCGUCACAUUGCUGGAGGCCUCUGUUGCCCCUCUUGUCAUAGAUCAUAUACAGGAGCAGUACAGUGGGACAGCCACCUUCUACCUCUCUCAAGCUGCCGAUGGAGCCCAGGUGCUGAGCUUGUGAGGUGUCCCUGAGACCGAUGGACGCACAGGCAUGAGGCGGAGGCAGCAGGUGUGUGCCGCAGCUCUGCCUCGGGCAUCCUCCUUCUCUAUCUGGGUGCUUAAUAAACGUGUGCCUCUUAAUGGCGGUAGCCACCUGCCUCCAGAGGUGGGUAACAUGCUCUGGGGGCAAAGAAUGGGGAUUAUGGGAGUCAGUGUUCCUACUGCAGGCCUGUGAAGAACGGACAGAGUGGCUAAGCAGUAGCAAAACCUUUUAUUAAGUGCAGAACAAAAGGCUGGGGACUUGUGCC